AUGACAACGCAUAUAUUACUACUAACGUUUCUUCUGACUCUUUUUGAGUACGGUAAGUGUUGAAAUUUUUGGAGGGAACAUGAAAGUGUAAGAAAACUUUCAAAUAAAAAAAUAAUAUGAAUAAAAUUCUGUUAAAAACCUGGCUACUGUAAAGGAAAUUCUGAAACUCUGAAUUUUUCCAGAUCUCCUUCAAUUUUUUUUAAACAUGAGCAAUAAUCAACUUUCAGAAAAAUGUUUUUCUUUUCUGGGGUUCCUUAUUGUACACUAAAGAUAAAUUCCAGAAAUAUUCGAAAAUAAUUUUUUUCUGAAGCUCUGAAUUUUUCCAACUCUUAAUCCACUACAGUAAUUCAAUUCUGAUCAUCAAAAACUUCCCGAAACAGUAAUAUUUCAUUGUUCCAUCAUCUUUUUCCUUUCAUUUGUCACAUUUUUUUCCAAACAAUACAUAAUUUCGCCUUCGUUUUUCUCUCUUGGUCAUUAUUACACAUUUUUCGCAUUGCUUGCGGCGGAAAUCAGUUGAACAAAGUGCAAAAACUGUGUGUGUGUUUUGGAAUAGACUAGCAAAAUGGGUUUUUGAAAAAAAGGAGAAUUGUUUUGCGAAGUAAAAUUUGUGGAUUUUUUAAAUAGUUAAACUUGUCACAUGUUUGUGAACGAGGCUUUCCUGAUUAAAAGUUUGAAAAUUUGAAACUGUUUUUUUCAGCCAUCGAUGCUCAGAUUAAUCUCGGCUCAUUUUUCCUGCAUCCCCAGCGACAGGGAGGAUUUGAUAUGGGAAUGGGACAAGGUGCUAAUAUUUUGGGAUUUGGUGGCGAUCGAAGUUUGAAUAUUGCUGGAAAUCCAGCUGGUUUUGCCAUGGGAUGUGAGUCAACUAUUUUCAAAAUAUUUCAAUUCACUUUCAAAACAUAAUCUUUCAGCUAACAAUGGUGCUAUGAUCGGUGGUGAACGAGUUGGUGUCGACGGUGGAAUUGGCGCUGGAAAUCAAGGUGUUGAAAUGGGAAGUCAAGUUCAAUUUGGAAAUCAGCCGAAUCCAAUGCAUCCAGCAGGACAACUUGGUAGCUUUCUAGACAAUGUCAAGAAUUUCUUCGCAUUCUUGGGUGAGAUAAGAUCUAUUAAGAAAAGUAGAACUUCUUUGUUAUAUAUUUUUUUAGGUAAUGGAAUGCCUCCACCUUCUCCUGCUUCACCACUUUUUCCAACAAUGGGAUUAACAACAAUUCCUCCGAGGUUAAUUGGAACCGAGGGAUCAGGACAACCAAGAAGGCGUUAGUUUUUUAAUGGAAUUUUUUGACUAGUAGGGAUGUGAAUCACAUUAUAAUUUCAAAAAAAAUAGUUCAGAAAUUUCUAUAAAAAAAUUCUCCAAAAAUUUCCAGCUGCUCCGUGGUUCCCAGAAUCCUCGCAAGAAUCCAGCUCAACUCCCUCAGACUUUGAUGAAUCACCAAUGGAAGGCGAGACAUCAAAAUCCUCCUCUGAACAUGUGAAUAAAGGUAAUUUUUCAUCUUACACUAAUUAAUCUAUUCAAAAAAAAAUACACAUAUUCAGAAAAACCAAAGAUUGAUUUUAAUAUGGAUGAGGAGGAGACAGAUGAAAUAUUUAAUACCCAAACUGAUCGACCAAGACAACUUCCAGGCCUUGUUGAAUUCGCAUGA